CUGCGGCAUGCUUCAACUGACAAGGUGUGAUGCAAAUUGGUCCUUUUCUAAUACACAACCGGUGGCAAGCCCUGACUUCGAGAUCAAAGAAUAAUGACGACAAUCCCCUGUCGUGAUGUCCCCCCCCCCCCCGUCCCAAUAGAUCUCGUCUCAAACUCAUUGCAUAUUACUAUUUGGUAUGGAUACUGAUCUCUUGUAUUUGAGUUGGGCAGUCAGCAGUCAGGGCUACGAGGUAUUUGCCACAUGCGAGAAAGCGUCCAGGUGGCGGCAAGGGUCUGGUGGCCGGUCAGCAUUGCUUAUCGGUGGGGAAAUUAGGUCGGCAUGCUCGCACUGCCUUACCAGGUGCCCGCAAUCCGAGAAGCUGGCUUGAAGGCUACAGCGAAGGUGCCACUCGUAGAUGCGUCGAGUUGAUCUAUGGAGGAUCCGCGUGUGCCCUUCAGCUGGCGCUGGGCCCCUUCAAGGUUAGGGAGACAGCCUCGAGCAUGUAGCCGGCCAGCCCGGCCACAAAAUUACGCCUGAAUAUGAGGCAGGUUUCUUUGGAAGAUCUUCUCCAGUUCACGUCAGACGUGUCGAGGCCAAUAUCUUCACCUUGAUCCCUUCCUGCGGCUUUGCACAGCAAAUGCCCUCAUCAGCUUCCAUCCACGCCGCAGCAUAUUUUUCCUGAUUGAUUUCUUAUCCGUGAAGAUGCUCUACAAUUUCCUUGCGUCUUGUCGCCAGCCCUACUGGAUACAGUUGCUCAUUAUUCUUCCUCUGGCCAUCCCAGGCGAAGCUCAGUCCUCAUGUGUCCCACGUCCUGUAUCUAUCGCAAUUGGGAACGUGUCUGUGGCAAACUCGCCCGCUGAUGCUCUGGCAAGAGGCGUCGCUAUUGGAAUCGGCGAUCCACCUCAGAGCUUUGCCUUCUUGCCCGAUACAACCAACAAUAGCUAUGUUUACAGGGACGACAACUCUUGUCCCGCCACCUACACUGUCACUGACAACGAAUGCAUCACCAUCCGGGGCGGCGCCUACGUGGCAAGUCAAUCAGAAUCGCAUGAGGCUGGAGCCUUCGAUGACACCGUGACCGAUUCAAAAUACGAGUGGCAGACGACGGCGCACACUGACAGCUGGAGACUGAAUGAGCAGGUGUCCCUCCCGGGAUAUACAUUCGGUGUCCCGUCGAGUGAUAAUGGAAACCAGCUGUAUCUGCCUCAGGCUUUACUGGGGCUUGGUCGUGAUUCGACCUUGCUCCGGGCGCUGCGGGACGGGGGGGAAAUUUCCUCUCGCACUUGGUCUUACUAUUGGGGCCUUGAUGGCCGUGGGGCUGCCAAAUCUAACGGGAGUCUAGUGCUGGGCGGCUUCGAUCAAGACAAGAUCUCUGGGACCACCAACUACACCGCCAAGCUGAAUUAUACCGGGUGCGACUGGGGCACACAGGUACAAAUAUCAGACAUCAGACUCAACUUUGUCAACAACACCAUUCAGACCCUUUUCGAUGAUGUGUCAGUUGCGGAUGAGAACAAUGACGAGUUCCCCUCACUACCUCUCUACGCCUGCAUCGACCCCGGCACGGCGACGAUGUUUGGGCUGCCUUACGUCAACUACAUGAGUAACUUUGUCGAGUACACAAACUUCAGCUCUUUCAACGAAUAUGGCCUUGGAAAUGGAUCCGUCCGGUCUGCCGGCCUUCACUUCUGGGAUCUUAUGUACAUCCCCGAGGCGCCCCAGGGGGAUCGAUACUGGGGUGGCAUAUCUGUUGAUAUAAAUGGGGGGCCGUCCAUAAGUGUCCCAAACAACCAGCUAGUGGUUCCGCAUGUGUAUAUUGACAGCGAAACAUCACGCUGGGAAGAGGACCCGGACAGAUACGACCUUCUUAUACGCUCCGGAUCGAUCGGUGACUUUACGAACCGCAUGGUCCUUGGUCGGGACUUCAUGGCCAACAUGUACAUUAUGGUCAACCUCGACGCGGAUGAAUUCACGAUCUGGCCAGCCAACACUGACAGCAACCAAGAGUCACUCGUCCCUGUCGACGAAAGUGGCAACGUUAUCGAGACCUCCUCUUUCUGUCAGGCAAACCCAAACACUACGUUACCUGCUCCAGAUCCCCAGCCCGAGCCGGAUACCACUAGUCAGCUGUCCACCGGCGCCAUUGUGGGUAUCGCGAUAGGCUGCGCUGCGGCUGUUGGCUUACUUGCCGCUGGUGUUUGGUGGUUCUUCAGGCGGAACAAGCACGUACAGCAGCCAAAGGCGAAUGCCACACCUGAGACGCUGUCCCAGACACCUUGGGCUACACCGCCGCCGCCCUUCAUCAACGAUCCCAACAAGCAUAACGGGUUUGCUGGAGAUAGGAGCACUAUGCUGUCCUCAGGGAGUUAUCUUGACGCCAAUCAUCCUUCUGGGACUCCUAACCCUUCAGAGCUCUCCAGCAGCACACCCACCUACGUCCCACGCCAGGAGCUGCAAGGCUGAUCGCGUAUUGUGACGUGGGAACAUUGAUGAGAUCGAGGAACGCAACCAGUCUACUUAUCGUAUUCUGGCAUGAUGAUCUUCAUUCAACUUUGCACAGGUCGUCUGAGUCUACAUUUGGUGUGAACUGACUCAGAUUGGACGAAGAGGAAGUAUGAGAGGACUCGGAGUGGUUAUUCAAAAAGCGGCGAUGGGUGCGGUUGAAUCCUUGCUUUACAAUAUGACGCUUAAUCAUUGUAUUCAUUUUGAAGGAAGUCACGUUGAGAAGUUCAUGUAAUUUGGCUAUCUUGGUCUCGCCACCAUACCUUGUGAACGACUUUACAGCACAAUGCAUGAAGUUCCAAACCUUUUCUA